AUGGCAGAUCUACAUGUUCACAUGUUCAAUUAUAAAGUUGAUUUAGACAUUGUUGGCACUGCAAAUCGUUAUACGGUAAAUAAUAUUGAAGUAGAAACCAAACCACAUCCGUGGUACCCUGACUUCAACAUUUCCCAGCUUCGUAUUAAACCAGAAUUGAUAAAUACUGAAACUAAAGCAGUCACAGCAUAUCAAUCAAACAUGCCCCAGUAUCACAUAUUUCAUAGUGAUGAAGCAAAGAGCCAGUACGGGUCACACCGAGGUUACAGACUACUAAAUCGUUCUCCUGUUUUCCGUCUCCUGUCAAACAAUCCAAUGACGGGUGAGGCAAAAUGGGCCAAUUAUUCUGUUAUUGUGACCAAAAGGAAGGAAUCUGAAAGAGACUCGUCGUCAAUUUUCUCACAAAAUGAUCCUUUUGACCCUAUCAUUAGCAUCGAUGAUUUUAUAGACGAUGAAAAUUUAGUAGACGAGGACCUUGUUGCCUGGCUAACAGUUGGUACCCAUCAUAUUCCCGGGACGGAGGACGUACCGUCUACACCGACAACAUGGAACCAAUUUUCGUUUAUUCUCACACCAUAUAAUUAUUUCUCUGAAUGUCCAAGUCUUAACUCAGCAGAUAAUGUUCUCAUACGGCCACCAGAUAGGGACAACAAAAAAGCCGCUGUGGAAACAUACGGGCGUUCAUUUGAGUCAAAAUGCAUUCCUGUGUCAGUAGGUCCUUACGACUACGACGGAAUUCGUCGAUGA